AUGUGUGCAGACCGAGCCAACCAUGUGAUGACGAGUGAAAAGGAUGCAGAUCAAACAUAUAUCGACACACUUUGGAACAAGCAGUUUCACUUCCUUUCUUUUCUACCGAGCCAUCUGCAGGAAGAAAUUGACAAAAAGAAGACCGUAUUCCAGAAACUCGAGGAGCUGCAAGAUCAAAACAGUGGGGUUACCUCUUCGGAAGAUUCAAUGCUAGUGAGAUAUAAGGCUUCUAGUAGCAAUGAGAGCAAUCUUUCAUUAACAACAGGCGUUUUCAGCAAAGAAGAUAAUUUUCAUUCGCUAAUGGGACGCCAUGAGCAGCUCUUGUCCCAUAAACCAAGGUGGCAUGCACCCUGGAAACUAAUAAGGGUAAUAAAUGGACACACAGGUUGGGUGAGAUGCGUUUCUGUCGACCCUGUUGACAAUGAAUGGUUCGCGACGGGAAGUAAUGAUACUACAAUAAAAAUUUGGGAUCUCGCAAGCGGAAAGUUGAAAUUGACCCUAGCUGGUCAUAUAAUGACUGUACGAGACUUGGCUAUAUCGAAAAUUCACCCUUAUAUGUUUUCUGCAAGUGAGGACAAACUAGUGAAAUGCUGGGAUUUGGAAAGAAACAAAUCAAUUAAAGAUUUCCAUGGUCAUCUUUCUGGAGUUCAUACAGUCGACGUGCACCCCACUGUAAACAUUAUCGCGAGUGCAGGCAGAGAUGCGGUAGUUAGAAUAUGGGAUAUUAGGACAAGACUGCCUGUAAUGACUCUCUCAGGCCACAAAGGUCCCAUCAGCAAGGUCAAAUGCUUCCCUGUUGAUCCUCAAAUAGUUAGCUGCUCAUCUGAUAACACUGUCAGACUUUGGGAUAUUACUGCCGGAAAAGCCAUGAAAGUCCUUACUCACCAUAGCAAAACUGUUAGAGAUAUUGCUGCUCAUCCCACCGAAUAUUCCAUCGCAACAGCGUCGACAGAUGACGUGCGUUCUUGGCGACUACGAGAUGGCCAUUUACUUACAAAUUUUGAAUCCGAAGGUUUAGGAAUUAUAAACAGUCUAUCGAUAAAUCACGAUGAUGUUUUGUUUGCUGGAAAUGACAGCGGAAUGCUAUCGUUUUUCGAUUAUAAAACCGGCCAUAAAUAUCAGGAAUUGCAGACAACGGAAAUUCCAGGCUCGUUGGAAAGUGAGAGAGGAGUAUUAGCGAGCUCAUUCGACGAAACAGGGUUGAGACUAAUCACAGGUGAGAGUGACAAGAGUAUAAAGAUGUGGAAACAGAUUCCUGGUGCCAGCCCUGAGACACAUCCAGGACUCCCAUGGAAUCCCAAAUUAUCGUCUCAAAGGUUUUAA